CUGCAUGUCCUAUUUACCGAGCUAGAAGGCAUAUCGGACCUCUAUGCGGAGACAGCCGCAGUAUACGAGGUGGUUAGAGAGAUUAUUAAACAGGCCUACGAAAUCCCCCUGGCCAUUCUUAGGGCAGCUCUUCAGAGCUCGAUACUAGAACUAACCUUGAAGCAGUACCUGCCAGAAGCAAUUGGCAAGCUGGGCGCCUAUUACUCUGCUACCUUCGAGCUUAUUUGUGCUGCGAGGGAUAGUACGUACCGCGUAUUUCAGGUGGAGCCCUUCCAGAUCCAGAUGCCCGCCUCUCUCAAGGAAUCACCCUAG